AAUGCCGCCCUCCCACUCAACGUACAAAAUCUAUCUCCAUCUCCAUUGCCAUCCCUCUCCUCUCCUCCCAUCAUCUCACCCACCAGAUACCUCCCUUUACCCCGCUGUGACCGCUUGAGGCGGCACAUUAUACCGCACAUAUGACCCGCUCUUUAUCCACGCGCGCUUUCCGUGCAUCAAAGCGCAAGAGUAGACCACGGACUUCAGUGACGGAAAGCUCUGGAGGCAGCUCGGGUGCCGUUCUUCCGUUAGAGCUGCUGCAGGAUUCUUAUUACCAGGGAGUAUACACCAUACCCGUGCUUGUCGGCAGCAAACAGCAGAAUCUCUCUCUCCAGGUCGACACCGGCUCUUCUGACCUCUGGAUAGCGUCAAGCUCGUGUUCGACGUCAUCAUGCCAUGAUGCAGACGGCCACGUUUACGACCCUUCUUCUUCCAUUCCGUCAAACGAGACAUUUUCCAUUACCUAUGCUUCCGGGGAGGUUAGCGGACCCAUCGUCUGGGACAGCAUACAACUCGGCGGUUAUAACAUCACAAACCAGGCAUUGGCUGCUGCAUCAACAGUCAACAGCGAACCGCUAGAGGAUGACUUUGAUGGCAUACUCGGCCUCGCACUACCGCAAGACUCCAUCAUUUCCGACACGAUCCCCAUCGACCCAGUAAACGGCCUCACCGGAGCCGCCCUAACCUACAACCUAUUCUCUUCCGACGACGGACCCUCCGCCCCGUUCUACUCAUUAGCGCUCGAGCGGCCGGGCUCAGACGCCGUCCCCUCCGUCCUUGGCAUUGGACGACAUCCAGACGGCCUCGUGUCGGACCCCAGCAAGAUCCAAUAUGCGGGCACCGUCACAAGCCGCGUCGGCGUGCAGUUCUGGGAGGCCAGCAUCAGGGCGAUCACCGUAUACGUCGACGGCGAGGCGCGGCCCGUCAGUCUGUCGUCGUACGCGUACCCAACGGCGGUGCUUGACUCGGGGACGGCCGUCAUCCUCGCAUCGCCCAACAUCGCGAAUGGUAUAUACGGCGCGAUCGGUGUGUCCCCCUCCGAGGACGGCUCAUAUUAUGUUCCAUGUACAACGCCUCUUAACAUGACCAUCACGCUUGACGACCGGUCAGAGCUACCCUUGCAUCCGCUAGACCUGACCUAUGCCACCGAGAGCGAUACCUCAACGUGUCUCGGGCUUAUUCAAAACAUCGCCGAGCUGGACUCGCCACUGAACCUUCCCGACAUGAUCCUCGGCGUCCCCUUCCUGCGUAACACAUACACCGUAAUGGCAUACGAGGCACCAAACAACAACGGUAAGUUUGCUAGCGGCGCCUGGGGCGCCGAGGGCCACCAGGUGAACCCAUACCUCGGGCUCCUGGGCCUGACGAACAUCACGCUCGCCCUGGAGGAGUUCAACGCCGUGCGCGUGCUGCACGAGCCGCUGAGCUCCGUCGGGGAUAACAGCACCACGAAGAACUCCACAAGCAAGGCGACGAUGGGGUCGAAGCACCUGUCCGUCGGCGUGGACGUGCUCCUCGGAAUCAUGGGCUUCAUCGUGUUUUGCGUCGUGCUCUUCGGCGCGCGUUGGGCGUACUACCGCCGAAAGUGGCGGGGCCGUCCGCCGAUGCUGGACGAUGGAGUGCUCCCGGACAAGGACGAGUCAUUCGACCCGGACGAGCUGUCCUCCGAGGAAAUCGCAUGCGCGCUCGCGCCGUACGCGUCGCCUACACAGCCGAAUCGCGACCGGUACAGCGGAUCGGAGCAGACGCUGCGAAACUCGUACUACGCGUACGCCCACUUCUCGGACACUCCCCCGCGGAAGGAGAUUCACUCGCAUUAUACGGACGACACGGCCGUCAUGCGCGCGGAGCACGAGGCGGCAUAUGCGCCGGUGAAGACGAAGGAGGAGACGCACGACGUGUCGUCCGAGACGGAGGCAGAGCUGGCGCCCGUGGCGGACAGCAGCGCGGGGUCCUCAUGGGACUCAUUCUUCAAAGGCUCGCCAAAGUACACGAAAGCGCUCCCUCGGACACCACCACCUGACUCACCCGAACCCAGACCACCGCGCUCGCCUGCGCUGAUAGCAGCGCCAGCACCGACGCAUUCGCGCAUGUCGAGCGGCGACGCGGGGGUCGCCGCGCCGCUGCUCGCGCGCACACAUACCGGGCGGGUGUCGCAGCGAUCGCGCCACUCCGAGUCGCCGUCGAGGCAUGAUCGUCCCCAUCAUGUGCGCACGCUCUCAAGCUCAAGCUCGGGGUCAUCGUCCGGGUCGGUGCAUAGCGGGGAGUUCGGGACGCAUGCGCACGGCGGGACGGGUGCGACGGCGGGGAUGCGGACAGCUGCGGGGGCAGAGGCUCCGCAGAUGCCAUGGGGAGACAUAAGGCUGGUGUCGCCGCCCCGAUCGACGAGCGUGCGGCAUUCGCAUUCCUAUGGCCUGCCGUUAUCUCCCUCCCACCAGCACACGCAGACGCCGCACCGACACUCGCAUCAUGGGUACACGUCGCCUGACGCGCGCACGUUCGAGCUGGCGCUCGGCUCGAUGGCGCGCUCGGCGUCGACUCGGAGUGCGGCGCAUGAGCGCGAGCGCGGACGGCUGUCAUAGCGUUGUGCGCACGAGAGGAUAGGACUUGGAUUCGGAUCUGAUCAAUGGCCUCGUUCAUAUCGUAUUGCCUGCAUCUACUCGGGACUGGUGAUCUGAGCAGAAAUAGGUAGUGUAGUAGUCUGAUGUAUUGUACUUGCUUCAUACCAUGCACAUGGCUGUCGUAGACCGUGAACCUGUAGUAGUCAUUUACUCACCUGCUGACCAUCGCACGCCCCAUGCUAGUAACUAUUCAUUGAUAUCAGUCAGCCAUCCGCUGCUGUAGCGC